AUGUACUUUCCCGUGCCUUUAUUAGGGUACGCCGGUGACAAACAUGGACAAUCGAAGCUCAGUCUGUUUUCUGCAGCCUUAUUUACUCCAGCAUAUCUUGUUUCUGCCUAUGUAUAUUCGAACCAUGGGUCGUACAAGCUAUUGGCAGGAAGUUUUGCUCUGGUAGGAACUGCUACCUCAGCACUAUACGUUAGUGCAUUGGUCACCUGUGCUAGAAUGUAUCCGCAUUCCACGGGUCUGGCAAUUUCAGCGCCGGUUUCAGCUUUUGGAAUUUCUUCUUUGUGGCUUUCUCAAGUGAUUCCCAAACUUUUUAGAACAAAUGCGGCAUCAACAGACUCUGCCCUGAAUGUGACAGGGAUAUUUAUCUUCUUUGCUUUCAUGUAUCUGGUCAUGGGGGUAGUCGGUUAUAUUGCAGCUAAAUUAGGCGAUGUGGAUGGAUCUGACGUGUCCAAAAAAUCGUCAACGGAAGGAGAGGAUGAACCAGACACUUCAGAGCAACGUUUGUCUUCUGAAGGCAAUCUUAAUUCUCAUCCAAGUGAUCAUCUUACACAAAGAGAACGUCUGAAGGUAUUUAUUGUCAGUCACGAGACCUGGCUCUUGAUGCUAGCAUUUGUUUUGACUUCUGGACCGUUGGAAAUGUACUUGAAUAAUAUUGGUGCCAUAAUAGACACGAUGAGUACAGGGAGAGAUUUACCUUAUCAGAGGUUGGAUGUUAUACUUAGUGCUCCAUCAAGUGCAAACAAUGUAUCGAUUUUUUCCGCCUUUUCCACUAUUGCACGGUUAUCUGUGGGUGUAUUUUCCGAUAUUGUUCGGCCAAGACUCUCAACUGCUAUGGUUCUGACAAUCAUAGUCUUUACUACAGCAAUAGCGCACUUUUUGUUAGCAUUGGGAGUUUUUGCUCAAGAUGCUGGUAGACUUUUUUACAUUUCCAGUAUGAUUAAUGGGUUCUCGUAUGGAGCCCUGUUCACUCUUUAUCCCACCAUGGUUGCCUGUGUCUGGGGUGUAAAGAGCUUUGGAACUAAUUGGGGACUCUUCAUUCUUGGGCCUGCAAUUGGGUCAGUUAUUUACGGAAUUCUUUUUGGUGCCAUUUAUCAACGAGCUACAUCUGGCCUCACAUGUGCAGGCAAUGAUUGUUAUGAAAUAACUUUCCUUGUAUCAGGCUCAGGUAUCGUGGUAGCUUCAUUGGUGAUAUUUUACCUAUGGCAUUAUUCUUGGAAGCACAAUACACUUAUCCAACUAUAA